GACACACACUCUCUUGUCCUUCUCUCAUUCUUCUUCUCCUUCUUCUGCUUCUUCUACCCAUCUUCUUCUUCCACUAUGGCCUCUCCAUGAGCUCGCGGCAGUGAGUGACCAGCGCUGCCAUGAUGCACGGUGCAUGUCAUGGACAAGGACACGUCGAUGUACCCAUAGAAGAAGUAAGGCACCACGAGUCCGAGAAGCACUCUGGCGCGCCGGUGUUCGCCUGGGUAGACGCAUCAAGCUAUAAGUACAUGGACCACCACCGUAGGACUGCGGAAGACGAGCAGCGUCAGCAACAACAAAUCCGAGCACGAUCACAGACCCGAUCACCACGCCAAUGGCAGGAAGUGCCCGUCUCCUAUCGACCACGAGAGUGGCACGACUACUCGGAAGAAGUAUUGCCUGCUCGCACAUUGACGCCACCACAAAAUGUACCACCGUUUCGACAGUUCCAGCGACAGUUGGGACAGCCUAUCCAGCCUCUUCGACCGUGGAAGCGGCCAGUCGCACUCGCGAGUACUCCUAGUCUGCAGCAGUACGAAGCGCAUGCGAGCCACAUCAAUCCUGCAUUGCUCUAUCCACAAUUGAGUCCCUACGAUGGGGAAACCACCAGUACCGUGCUGCUAGACGAGCCUCGACAGCAUCUGAGAUCCGUCAGCCAGCCGAACACGCCGAGCUUUAUGGCGAUUCGUACCCACUCUGAGGAACCAGACGAGUACUCAUUGAUAGCACCGGCGUUCCCGCCCUCGAGGAUCACACCACCUCGCAGUUUGGCAGCCACCACAGAAGCGCCCUUCACCGACGAUGAAGAAUUCCAUCUGUUUGUGCAGGCCACUGCAGGACUAGGACCCGAGCAACAUCUGCGCGACUCUCCAACAACCGUACCUUCUUCCGACCACCAAGGCCCGAGACGAGACACCAUGCAGUAUAGUAAUAAUCAUAAUCAUAGACAACACCAACAACAACAGUGGGAUCCUCCAUCUUCUCUCGUCUCUCCCAUCCACACAGAACAAACUCCCACCACUCUCCGAGCCCUACAACACCUCGCACAAAUGCCCCAACAACAAGCACCAACAAACACCACCACCUUCACUCUCCCUCGCCGGCCGACCCCUCACCGAGUGGUGACGGACCCGAUCCACGCCUCCGACGGCGGCCUCGAUCUGUGGAUGGAGCCUCCGAGUGCAGACCACGAAGACGCCGUGAGUCCUCUCGAAGAGGACGAAUUGCCCGGAUAUGCCGAGAGUCAGGCACAAGCGCAGGCGGUGCAGGCCGAAGGGGCGAGGAGGAGAGCGCAAGAGUUGGCGAGAAGAUGGCAGCAGGCUCAUGAAUGAUAGAACCAUGAAACAGAACAAAGGGCUUCAAGAGGAGUUGAGUUGAGAGUUGGGGGAGGUGGCAUGUCGAAUCAUCCCUUGAUGCCUUGGACGGAAAGGAAGGAAGGAAGGGAAGGAAGGAAGGAAGGAAAGAAGGAAAGAAGGGAUGGAAGGAAGAAAGGGAAGGAAGAAGAGUGUAUAUGAAGACCUAUCUUACCCACUGAUGUGCCAUGCAUGGAUAUAAAAUUCUCUGUCUACCUACAUGUACCUCAUGCAUGGGAUAUGCGGAUUGUCCUGGCGAUUGGACCUACCUACCAUGUACCUCCUCUCGAAUGAAGAGCAGACGAAGCAAAUCAUACUAUAUAGGUAUGGAAUGAGAGACCAGCAGCGACAGCGACAGCAUCAGCAUGUAUAUACAUCUCACGAACUCAUAGCCGAAGGGAAGAAAGAAAGAA